GGGGCCGCCGCUCCCGCAGCCGCUGCCCUCGGGGCCGCCACUGACACCCUCCGUGCCUGCGCUCCCGGCAGCUGCCCCUGCACAGCCCUCGCCUCCCCGCUGCGCUCUGCCCUGCGCUCAGCCGGCCCAGCUACAGCUGCACGUCCUCACUGCACGCUCCUGAGAUGGGACAGGACAAUUGCAAACCCCAGCCUGGGGACCUGAUCGAGAUCGACCGGCGUGUUUACCAGCACUGGGCCCUUUACAUAGGGGAUGGAUAUGUUGUCCAUGUGACAGAUCAAGGAGCCCCAUUCAUUUCGGGAAGCAUUGCAUCAGUAACCACCAAAAAGGCCAAGGUGAAGAAAGAGCUCCUGACCAAGGUGGUUGGAAAUGAUAAAUGGCGUGUCAACAACAAGUAUGACCGCUCCCGCACUCCUUUCCCCGUGAAGGAGAUCAUCCGGCGUGCUGAGCGCCAGAUUGGCAGGGAGGUGGAAUAUGAUGUGCUUUGGAACAACUGUGAGCACUUUGUGACCAAUCUCCGCUAUGGAGUAGAACUCUGUCAGCAGGUUGAAAAUGCAGCUAUUGGAGGUGGUGCAGCUGCAGGUUUUAUUAUUGCUGCUGGUGCUGCUCUUGCUGGGAUGGCAUUGUCUAGGAGAUAGUAUCACUGUUCGGCUGCCAGGUGGAACUCAGAGCAGUGCAGGGGGAGCCCCUGACCACACAGUCACUGUCAGAUUUUGCUUCAACUGCCAUCAAGGCUUCCUAGGCACUGUGCCACCCUUGCUGCAAACAGUUAACAAUCCUUAAUAAAAUAUCUCAAAUCCAAACUCAUAUUGCCCUAAAAUCCUCAUUAAUCUGAGUAAAGCUUUAUCUGUAGGUUUAACACUUUAGCCUUCCUUCUCCAUGUCAUCACAGUAAAGAAUAACAAGUCAAGAUUGUACCAUUAAAUGUGAUUCCCAGCAGUUCUUGCAAAGUUGCCGCAUAUGGUUUUAUUGCACUGUCCGUAAUGAUUUUUGUGGUAAUCUGGGAGCACUUGCAAGCAAUUUAUGCAUUCCCUUCCUCACACCUCCCAUCCAGUGCUUUACUGAGGACUGGUGCAGGUUUUUCCUCCUCUUUUGAUCAGCUAGCUCCUGGACGUUCUUCCAUUGUAUCACUGAAAUAAAAAGUACUGCUGAGAAU